AUGGCGACAUUUCACGCCCCUCCUUUCUUUCUUCCCCAUGUCUCGAUGAUUCCAGGUGCCGCAUGGCAUCUCACUCUCUCAACACCUGUCAAAAGCCACGUCAACUCUUCUCGUAAUGCAGCUGCUUUAGUCUGUCGGUUUACGUACAAUGAUAUUUUACUAGAAAAGCGUCUGAUUGCUCUCGAAGAGACUCGGAAGUCGGAAGAAAGAAGGCAACAAGAAGAAGUGAUGGUGGUUGGAGUGGACGAGAGCGAGCUCAGCUUGUACGCUCUCCAGUGGACCCUCGACUGCUUCUUCGCUCCUUUCGCUCCUCACUUCCCUUUCAAGCUCGUCGUCGUCCAUGCCAAGCCCAGCCCCGCCUCUGUUAUCGGCGUCGCCGGUCCCAGAGUAAUAAAGGUCUUGCCGAUAGUCGAUGCCGACUUGAGGAAAAUAGCCGCUUGGGUCACUCAAAAGGCCAAGGACAUUUGUGACAGCAGAUCGGUUCACGAUGUAACUUUCCAAGUGAUGGAGGGCGAUGCUAGGAGCGUUCUCUGCGAUGCCGUGGAAAAGCAUCAUGCUUCAGUACUAGUCGUUGGGAGUCACGGCCAUGGAGCUAUGAAAAGGGCUGUUUCGGGUAGCGUCAGCGACUACUGCUCUCAUCACGCUCAUUGCACCGUGCUGAUCGUGAAGAGGCCAAAAAUCGAAAGCUAAUAAACCCUUCCGAGAAUAGCAGUUGUGUAAAUCAUAGAUCAUCAUGGAGUGUGUACACAUAAUGACACCAACAAAUGGCUUUCCUCUCUCUGAUAGACUUGGUUGCAUUCUGUUCGUGCAUACAAGGUGACUAGACUUGCACUGUUAUUACCAGUUCUGUCUCUUCGUGGCCUAUAUGUUCUCGAGCUUGUUCAUUAAGCCUUCAAUUGACCUUUAGUUAUGUCGCAUUUGCGAUGAAUGGUAAA